AUGGCAUCUAAGCGCAAGGCUUCUACGACUUCACGAAACUCGAGACCUGCAAAGAGAUCCGCCUCAGGUGCGGCUACACCUCAGAGUAUUGGCAGCAGUGAUGAGUACUCAGCCGACGGUUCAGAGGCCAGUGAAAGCGAAGCCGAGAACCUCAGCAAGGCCGUCAAGACAUUCUCUGCCGACUCUUUGAAGAGCCGAAGUAAGGAGCAAAGUCGAACGCUUGAUCGUGAAGCCAAGACUAGCGGCAUCAGUAACCUGUCAUAUUUGAGUCUCAAACCUGAUCACGAGAAUCGCCCGUUAUGGGUUGACGCCAAGAAGGCCAGGAUUACUCUGGAGAGUUUCUCCCCUCUGGCUGCUCAGGCUCAAGACUUUCUGACGACGAUUGCUGAGCCUUUGUCUCGACCGGAGUUUCUACACGAGUAUGCCCUGACAGUGCAUAGCCUUUAUGCCGCUGUAUCUGUUGGUCUUGUUCCUCAAGACAUCAUCAAUUUCCUUGAUCGUCUGUCAAAAACGCCUUUGCCGGAGGAGAUCAAGAGCUUCAUCCUGGGAUGCACUCAAGCAUUUGGAAAGGUCAAGCUAGUACUCAAACAUAACCGGUAUUUUCUUGAGACGCCUGAUAACAAAGUGUUGCAAAGGCUGGUGCAGGAUGAAGUUAUUGGUGCUCAACGAACAGGGCAGGAAGAAGGCAUCAUCACAGAGAAGGCUCCGAAACUGGGUGGACUCGUCAUUCCUGGCACUAAGGAUGCUGCUGGCGUCAAACAGCAGCCCGGUUCUCAACAGCAGAUCACGGAUGGCCAAGGCGGAGUAGCCAAAGAGGAUGAUAUCUACAUGACUCUACGAGAAGAUGACGACGACGACGACGAUGACGAUGAGAAGCAUAUUCAUUCAGUAGAAAUACCGGCAGGGGGCGUCGAGGCGGUCCAGAAAAGGUGCCUCGAUCUUGGAUAUCCUGUUCUCGAGGAGUAUGACUUUCACAACGACCAAGUCAACCCCAAUCUGGAUAUAGACCUGAAACCAAAUACCACGAUUCGUACCUACCAGGAAAAAAGUUUGAGCAAGAUGUUCAGCAAUGGUCGAGCUCGCAGUGGAAUCAUAGUGCUACCAUGUGGUGCAGGGAAGACUCUGGUAGGGAUCACAGCGGCCUGUACCAUCAGGAAAGGUAUCGUGAUACUCUGCACAAGCUCAAUGUCUGUAGUACAGUGGAGAUCAGAGUUUUUGAAGUGGAGCAAUGUGUCCCCGAACGACAUCGCAAUAUUUACAUCUGAUCACAAAGAAAGAUUUUCGAAAAGUACUGGCAUUAUCAUUUCUACGUACUCAAUGGUCACGCAGACAAGGUCGAGGUCUUAUGAUGCAGGGAAGAUGAUGGAAUUCAUGCAAGAGAGGGAGUGGGGACUCAUGAUACUCGAUGAAGUGCAUGUCGUCCCUGCUUCUAUCUUCAGAAGGGUCACGCAUUCCAUAGCAACGCAUUCGAAACUUGGUCUUACAGCCACACUGCUACGUGAGGACGACAAAAUUACAGAUCUCAAUUUCUUGAUUGGUCCCAAGCUCUACGAGGCAAAUUGGAUGGAAUUAGCUGACCAAGGACAUAUCGCAAAGGUACAAUGUGCGGAAGUGUGGUGUCCAAUGACGACCGAAUUCUACCAGGAGUAUCUACGAGAGACUUCUCGCAAGAGAGCGCUGCUGUACAUCAUGAAUCCUCGAAAAUUUCAGGCCUGUCAAUUCCUGAUUGACUAUCAUGAGAAGCGCGGAGACAAAGUCAUCGUCUUCUCCGACAAUGUCUUCGCUUUAAAAGCUUACGCCCUCAAGUUGAAGAAAUUCUACAUUUAUGGCGGCACACCUCAAACCGAACGCCUGCGGGUGUUGGAAAAUUUCCAACACAGCGAACUUGUCAACACCAUCUUCCUGUCAAAGAUUGGAGACACGUCACUCGAUCUCCCAGAAGCGACUUGUCUGAUCCAGAUCUCGUCACAUUAUGGUUCCCGUCGCCAAGAAGCGCAGCGUCUGGGCCGCAUUCUUCGAGCAAAACGACGAAAUGACGAAGGAUUCAAUGCGUUCUUUUAUUCUCUAGUGUCAAAAGACACGCAAGAAAUGUAUUAUUCUUCGAAGAGACAGGCUUUCUUGGUCGAUCAGGGCUAUGCUUUCAAGGUGAUCACGCAUCUGCAAGGCAUCGAGAACCUGCCCGGUCUAGCAUACGCAUCACCAGCAGAGAGAAGGGAGCUACUGCAGGAGGUUAUGCUGCAGAACGAAACAUCGGCAGACGUGGAAAAGGUGGACGACGAUCUCUUCUCGGCACGCUCCAGCGGUACUAAAGGAAAAGGUGGCAUGGUCGGCAAGAAAGGCGCGAAGCGGACGGCGGGCAUGCUCAGUGAUCUCAGUGGCGGCCAAGAUAUGGCCUACAUCGAGUACAACAAGAGCAGGAACAAGGAGCUGAAGGGCAAGCACAACCCCCUUUUCAAAAAGAUGGCCCGGGAGCAGCAGAGGCGGAAGCAACAGCGGCUGGAGGAGAAUACGUAG